AUGAUAAAUAAUAAUACAACAUUAGAAACGUGUGUUAGUAAUGUUACUUAUGAUAGAUUAUUUCAUAUAUCCAGUAGUAUAUGGCAUGUAUUUGGUUUUUUUGGUGUCUUAUUUGGUAUACCUGGCCAUAUUUUACAAAUAAUUAUUUCAUUCAAUAAAACUAGUCGAAAACAACCAAAUUCAUUGUAUUUUAUUGCUAUUUCAAUAGUUGAAAUAGUCUUUCUUUUAGGUAUAUUUUGGUUAUGGUGUGUAAAUAUGUCAUUUAUUAAAACUGAUCCUCGAGAAUUUUUAUCAUGUGGAAUUUUUUAUAGUAUUAUAAUUGGUUCAACAACAUUAUCACAUCUUUAUUUAGCAUCAUUAUUUAUUGAUCAAAGUAUGAUGAUUCUUUAUCCAACUCAUUAUCGUUUAAUAGUUACACGAUCUCAUGUUAUAUUACGUAUUGUAUUAAUUACUUUUAUAAUUAUUUUACUAUCAAUUCCUCAUCAUUUUUAUUUUCAUUAUGAACCACGAAUAACAUUUUUUCUUUGUGAUUUUAAUUCAUCUCUUUAUUAUGGAAAGGUACGUAUAUGGUUAUUUGUACACGCAAUACUUCUUGUAGGUAUUCCGUCAUUAAUUGUAUGUAUAAGUUCAGCAAUUUUAUUACAUAAUCGAUGCAAACAUAAACGAAUAUAUAAAAAUAAUUUAAGUAUAAAUGCUCGUCGUAUGCAUAGACGUUCAAUAUUAAUUUUCGUUUAUUCACUUGGUUUAUUUCUAUUUAUAUUACCUGGAUGUAUUUUAGAAAUCUAUAUGGUAUAUGAUCGAUUUUUUUAUCGUAAUAUGUACUGUUCAAUACGGUGGAAGAUUUAUAGACUUUUACCUAAUUAUUUUUUAAUACUUUCAUCAAUUACUUAUUCUAAUAAGUUUUAUAUUCAUCUUAUAGUAUCAACUACAUUUCGAAAUGGCUUUAUACAAUUGAUUACUUGUAAAUCGAAUCAAAAUUCGACUAAAUCAAUAGCAAUGAAUGAAAGAAAUAAUAAUGAACAAUAUUUACUUUCGCCUAUAAACCAAACAAAAACUAUAGACAUUUAUCAAAAAUAA